AUGAAAUUCAUCAGCACGCGCGGCAGUCAAAGACGGUACAGCUUCGAGGAGGCAGCUCUCGCUGGCCUUGCCGAAGAUGGAGGUCUUCUUAUGUCUGAAUAUAUCCCAGCAGUUGGCGUGAACUUGCAAAACAGGUGGAGAGCCCUGCCAUUCCCCACAUUGUGCGCUGAAUUUCUUUCCCUCUUCAUCGAACCAGCAGGAGAGCUUUUGGCGUUUCUUCUUCAAAGGCGGACACAGCAAACACCAACUGGUUUGGUUGUCCUAGGAGCGACAAGCGGUGACACAGGAAGUGCAGCGAUUGCUGCGUUGAAAAGAAAAUCGCCGUUGCUUCAUGUAGUAAUAUUGUUCCCCAAAGACCGCACAUCCGAAGUUCAGAGGCUGCAGAUGGUAACCACACUCGACUCGCAUGUGCACUGCCUGGAAGUCAACGGUACAUUCGACGAUUGCCAGCGGAUGGUCAAAGGCGUGCUGGCCGACAAGUCCCUUCAACACAAGCUUUAUGGGGCUACCAAAGAAAGUGGAUUUGAGUAUAAUGAAGGCGAAUCUUCACUGAGAAGGAAGGAGGGAGUUUCACAAGCCACGAGGAAGGAAGAAGAAGCAUCAGUCAAACCCUCGGUCCAACGACGGUGGAAACUUUGUGUAGUGAAUAGCAUCAACUGCAUUCGCAUUCUUCUACAAGCGGCUUAUUGGUGGUUUUCUGUGCUACGGCUGGAGCAAAAACUCACUGCUGCACCGGACGAUGGUCGUACAGUGCAGGCUACCGGAUUUCCGCCGAAAUGGCGCUGCAACAUUGUAGUGCCGACAGGAAAUUUUGGCAACAUAUUUUCUGCAUUCCUAGCGAAACAAAUGGGCGCCCCAAUUGGCAAACUUUUGCUGGCCACAAAUAGCAACGAUAGUCUGGCGUGCGCUCAUGAAUGCGGAGUGUACGACCAGCGAAAAGGAGUCCGUGUCACGUCUAGUCCUGCAAUGGACAUCAGUGCUGCCAGCAACUUCGAGCGACUCCUUUUCAGCCAUUGCAGCACCCCUGAGAAUCAGGACUUGUCGGGGACUGGCCCCUCGGAUUAUUUUUGCAAAGUUGGACCCCACGCCGAAACUGUACGAGCCGUAAUGGAACGCCUCGAUAUACAAGGCUACGUGAACCUAAGUGAGGGGUUCCUUGAAUAUUACAGACGCAACUUUAUAACGGAGAGCGUGGACGAUGCGGAAAUGAAAGAUGGUAUCGCAAGAAUGAAUCGGGUUUACGGAGAAGUCAUUGAUCCUCACACAGCGAUCGGCUACGCAGCAUACAUUAAACAUAAAUCGAGACAACGCUCGCUACAAGAGGACGUGCCUGGAAGUUCAGAGAGGGAGCGCGAUCAAAAAGCAUCUUACCUUGGAAGAAGCAAUCCCUGGUUGCUGGCGUCCACUGCUCAUUUCGGAAAAUUUCCGGAGACAGUUUUGCAAAUUGUUGGACCGGAAAAAUACGCCCGCAUUCCAGUGCAGCUGCGGAAGCUUAAACACAUGCCUCAACGGUCUGUUACUAUCGAUCCCUCCACCGAGAGCUUGCGACGGUUCAUCACCAAACACUUCUUAGGAUGUGCGAUCACCCCUGAUGAGGAAGCAGCCGUCUAG